AGGGAUCUGAGCAGAGUGGAAAGUCAUCUAAGAAGCUGCUGUUUCACAAGAUCUGGGCACAGAGCUGCCCCUCCCUUCCUCCCUGAAGUUUGCAUGAAGUGCACGUUAGGCUGUAAUUAGGGGAUCUGGGAGGAGAACUUUCCUGGUGACGCUUUGCUUUUCUUCUGCUCUUGGUGAGAAAGUGCCUCCUUCUUCCCAGGACCAGGACCUCUGCCAUCCAGCGCCACAAAGACACAUUCUGCGCACACACACACACACACACACACACACUUGCCCAGAGACAAACUUAAGGUGAGGAGAAAGAGCGCUAGCUUCACUUGAUCUCCAGGCUCCAACCUCAGCAGGACUUGAGAGCAUCUGAACUUCUGGAUUUCAGGACAAGUGAAGAAGAUUCUUUGAGUUAUAAAGAUGAUGAAGAGUCUACUUCUCCUGGUGCUGAUUUCAAUCUGCUGGGCCGAUCAUCAUUCAGACAACUAUACUCUAGAUCAUGACAGAGUUAUUCACAUCCAAGAAAAUGGCCCCCGUCUACUCGUAGAAGCAGAACAAACCAAGGUGUUCUCACAUAGAGGUGGCAAUGUUACACUGCCAUGUAAAUUUUAUCGAGACCCUACAGCAUUUGGCUCAGGAACCCACAAAAUCCGAAUCAAGUGGACCAAGCUAACUUCAGAUUACCUCAAGGAAGUGGACGUUUUUGUUUCCAUGGGAUAUCACAAGAAAGCCUAUGCAGGCUACCAGGGCAGAGUGUUUCUGAAGGGAGGCAGUGAUAAUGAUGCUUCUCUGGUGAUCGCAGACCUCACCCUGGAGGAUUAUGGGAGAUAUAAGUGUGAGGUGAUUGAAGGAUUAGAAGAUGAUACUGCUGUGGUAGCAUUAGAUUUGCAAGGUGUGGUGUUCCCUUACUUCCCACGACUGGGGCGCUACAAUCUCAAUUUUCACGAGGCACAGCAGGCUUGUCUGGACCAGGAUGCUGUGAUUGCCUCCUUUGACCAGCUGUACGACGCCUGGCGGGGCGGGCUGGAUUGGUGCAACGCCGGCUGGCUCAGUGACGGGUCUGUGCAAUAUCCCAUCACAAAGCCCAGGGAACCCUGUGGAGGCCAGAACACGGUGCCCGGUGUCAGGAACUACGGGUUUUGGGACAAAGAUAAAAGCCGAUACGAUGUUUUCUGUUUCACAUCUAACUUCAAUGGCCGUUUUUACUACCUGAUCCACCCCACCAAGCUGACCUAUGAUGAAGCGGUGCAGGCUUGUCUCAACGAUGGUGCUCAGAUUGCCAAAGUGGGCCAGAUCUUCGCUGCCUGGAAACUUCUGGGAUACGACCGCUGUGAUGCGGGCUGGUUGGCGGAUGGCAGUGUCCGCUACCCCAUCUCUAGGCCAAGAAGGCGCUGCAGUCCUACUGAGGCUGCCGUGCGCUUUGUGGGUUUCCCAGACAAAAAGCAUAAGCUGUAUGGCGUCUACUGCUUCAGAGCAUACAACUGAGGGUGCCCCUAGAGCACGCCAGUGUCAAGGUCAUUGAGAACAUGUGAAAGGUGUUUUUUUUUUCAAUACGAACUCAUGCAAGUUUUACCAAAACUGUGAUAACCCUUUUUUACUUACUGUAAAGAGUCAUUUUCAUAAAGACCAAUUCAUCAAUUUGUUUUUUUUUGUAAAGCUAUCACUCAGUAUAUAUUAUAAAUUAAUAUAAUUUUAAGGGAAGUGCUACACAAGGAGGCUUUAGAGCCAAUCUGUUUCGGCUACAUCAUCCCAGCGAAGUAUCCUUUCAUGAAUGGGGCACGCGAUAGCUUGAGAAUUGCUAGGAUUAAAUUAAGGGAAGCACGGCUACUCAGAGCAGCAGCUCCCACAAGCACAAAUUUUACACAUUUGUACAAUUUUGAAAUGUACUACUAUCAGCAAAGUAGAGCAACAGAUUUGAAAUACAGGCUUCUUUACAUAAACUGAGAUUCUGAGAGAUUGCACAAAACUCAGUUACACAUGGGACAAUCUACACUUUUCUAAAAGGUAUUAUUUCAAGUCUGCAAUAGACACAAUGUUUUACUCUUAAAAAUCCUGCCUUUUGACCAAGAAAUAAAAAUUAAAAAAAAAUUCAUAUGGACUCCAAUGCAUAUUAACAAGCACAGUUAAAACUCCUUAAUAACCCCAUUUAUAUGAAGUACGAAACGUAAAUAAGCAGAUAAUAUUUAACCAGUGAAAGACUCCUAUCUUCUUUUAAUUAAAAUUACACAUGCCUGAGAAGAAUUGUUCUAUCUUUUGAGUAGAUUUACUGAAUUCUAUUUAAAUUCUAAGGGCCGUUUGCUAAGCAGCAUUAGCAUCUACUCAGGGCAGUUAUAUAGAUAAACUGCUGGACAGAAAAAUUGUAAAAUUUAGCAGCUUGAUUUUAUGUUAGCCUAUGAAAUAGUAUUGUCCUAUAAAAAUAACUUUAAACUAUUUAAUAUUUCCUUAUUUACGUUACAUGAAUAAAAUUUAAAUCACCAAAAUAAUGUAUAACUAUACACUUGCCUAAACAAAUACGGACCCGACAUUCAAAAUUCUUACUAUUCUUAUUUGUAUGUUUACUAGAAAGCCCAACUGGUGCCUGUGUGGGAGGAAAAAAGUGAACAAGUGGUUCUAAACCUUCCUCCAUAUAGAAAAUGUGGUCAACGAUAUCACUUUCCUUGCUGGUCGUCAUUAGGCUCAAAUGAAAUGUGGAAGCUCUCAGCAAAGAAAGAGUUUACACUAAAAUCUUCAAGGCUGUAAAUGAAAGGGUAAGACCAGCUUCAGAAAAACAACUUUAGACAUUAGCAGCUCCAAUAUUAAAUAAAGCUCUGUUUUCCUAUAUUUUUAUGACUGUUGAGACCCCGCAGGGACCAAUAUUUGUAUUCAAAUUACAUUUCAUGGUUUCCCAUUGUUUCACAAUGAGUUCUAAUAAAUGGGAUUUAGUAUAAUAAUCCAAGUAUGACAUAGCUGGUAUGCUUUCAUGAAUGUUUUUAUGUAGAUUUUCCUCCCAUGAACAUGAGUAAAUAAAUCUGUUUCCUGAAUUGAUUGUGGUUGCAUUUAAAGCUCUGUAAUAAUUCUAAUAAAUUCACUCUAUAUAAAUGUAGAGUUACAUAUGUGGAAGGUAUAGAACAAUCGGAAGUCCAUGAAACCAUAAUUAUAUCCAUACAUUAUUUAGACAAAAUAUUGUAAAUAAAAGUAGGCCAUUUCUUUUGUCGAAGUAGAUCUGGGAAAUUCCCGAUGCUUUAAUAUUUAAAGAGGACAAUGUAUGCAUGCACUUUUUACAUUAGGUUGGAUAUGCAAAUUGUACAAAAAUAUAAAUCCAAAGAGAUUGUGAAGUUCAACUCAAACACACUGCUGAUAUAACUAGAACUCAAACUUCAAAAUUAAAAAUACCUGAAUGGUCUAGGAAAAGAUGAAUAUAUUAUUUAAAGAGGGGUAUCUCCAAAAUAACAACUUUAACACCUCCAAUACGGGGGUUAGCUUAUUGGAGGAAGCCCAUACUUGAAUGAUUAUGACCCACAUUACAAGAAUUUUAUUGGAAAUCCAAGUGGGAACAAAUUUCUGUUGAGGCAGAUAUAUUAUUUUCAGUUAUUGCUGCAGAACUCUACCUUUAUAAUAUUAAGCAUAGUAGCGUUUCUUAACUUUUGAAUACUUACUAGUAUUGGAAUUGGUGCUGAUCAAAAUCUCUGGAGUGACUGUUAGCUAAAUAAAAUCUAUACUGAUUGCACACCAUUUUUCCAUGCUUGUAAAAAAAGAAAAAAAAAAGAAAGAAAAAAAACCUUAACAGAAUGAAUACUGCUGGGCAGAAUUUUUAUCUUCUGACUUCCCUCAAAGGAUCAGAAUCCUCUUAUCCCUUUGGACUUCUACCGAGUAAGGGUUUUUUUAAUGUUCUUAUUUUGCUGUUUUCCACCAAUGUCUAUUUUCCUACUUCAUUCUCCAAGAUAUCUCAUUAAGAAUUUCUAAAAAAGAAAAGUUAUCCAAAUACAAUUCCUAACAGAAAGUCAGUAUAGCACUGACAAAUUCAGAAAUUACUCCUCAGACUAGGGUUCCAAGAGUAUCAGAGGGAUGAGAUGGGAGUCUGGGUUAGGAAAUCCUGUUUUGAUCAUUUUGUCCAUAAUUAACACUUGUGGCCCAUAUAAAGAACAAAGUUGAUUUGAAAAUUCCACUGAGAUACCUACAUUUGAAAACACAAACAGAAAGAAAUGAUUCAUAUGAAAAGAAGGAAUGGAAAUGAAAAUAAGUCACAUUAACACUGGAAACCAUCUUUAAAUGACUGCUGCCAUAUUUUAUCACAGUAAUUUUUAGUCAAAUCUGGUAUUUGUAAAUUUAAACUUUCUGUCAUAGAAAGGGGGCCGGUACCUGUUAAAGCUUUAUUGUAUGCAAUAAUAUAGUUGCUUAUUAUUUUGGCAAUUAGAAGUAGACUCAAAAGAGAUUCUGAUUUGGUUGCUGGCAGCCAUACUGGGUUUCUUGAUUUCAGUGCUCCAAAGAAUAUGGUGGUCUCAUGGAGUAGCUGACCACUAAGGAGGGGAGGAUUAAAAGGGAAUGACCUGUCAGUUUUCAGCAUAGAAUGCAUCAAGAACAAUCAAUGGAUAACUGACAUAUUUUUGUUGAUAAGUGAACUGUAUCAUAGCUCACUACUGCCAGAGCAGCAACGAUGUACAACAAAAGAAAUGCAAAAUUCAAAAGUCAUUAAACCACCUGAUUAAAAGAACAAUCAGUACUUAAAGGCAUUUAAUACCUACUGAGUACAAAUCUGAGGAGAAAAACCAAUCUGUAUUACCAAAAAAAAAAAAAAAAUGUUUUCAUUUUCUGUAAGAUACAAUGAACUGGUAAACAAACAUUAAAAGUCAAUUUUGUG